UGUAUGUAAAUGCCCCAAAAUUAAAAUCGUUAAUUUUGGCAUAUAAUGAUCCAGGAAGAAGGCCUAAAGAGAAAAUGGUCAUGUGAUUAUCCAUAAAACCAUCUUAGAAAUGUAUGGGUUUGGUAAACCAAUUUCUUUUCAGAUUCUAUAUCGAUGAGAGCUUUUGAAGUGCGUUAUGCCUACAUAUUUCCUAAUAUUAUAUUUCAGCAUAGCCGUUGGAUUCAGUACAUAUAUGGUCAUUUUGAAAAUAAACGGCUCAAAUCAACAUGCUUAAGAAAAAGAAAUAUAUGCAAAAACGAAAAACAUAUGUACCACCUAUGCACAAAAGUUGAGCACAUAGCAAAAUAAAUGCUAAAAAGAAAAGAAAAAAGCCUUAUUUUGCGAAGAAAUAACCAUACCUCCUUUCUUCAGGAGAUCAUUCUGCACUAUAAAUACUCCACUAAGCUUCCAAUGCUCUUCAGCUUAAGAUAAGAGUUGAGUAUGGGGAAGAGGCUUCUUUUAUACCUGCUCAUUGGCUGCGCCAUGGCUGCUAACAUGGAGGAGUCUAUGGCUGUGAAGGUGAGGCAUUAUAAGUUUGAGGUGGCAUAUAUUUAUUGGUCGCCAGACUGCGAGGAGAAGAUGAUGAUGGGAAUCAAUGGGUUCUUUCCUGGGCCGACUAUCCGUGCAAAGGCGGGGGACACGAUAGUUGUCGAGCUUAAGAACAGCCUGCCCACCGAAGGCGUCGUCAUCCACUGGCAUGGUGUCAAGCAACUUGGAACACCUUGGGCCGACGGAACAGCAUCAAUAUCACAGUGUGCAAUCAACCCGGAUGAAACUUUUGUAUAUAGAUUUCAAGUAGACAAGGCUGGAACAUACUUCUACCACGGGCACUACGGCAUGCAGAGGUCGGCAGGGCUCUAUGGCUCGCUCAUAGUGGACGUGGCGGACGGCGAGGAAGAGCCCUUCUACUAUGAUGGGGAGCACAAUGUCCUCUUAAGCGACUGGUGGCACGAAAGCGUCCACGCCCAGAUGUUGGGCCUCUCCUCCAUACCCUUUCGUUGGGUUGGAGAACCGCAAGCGAUAUUGAUCAAUGGCAGAGGCCAAUACAACUGCUCUCUUGCAGCGCACCUCACUGAAGGAACAAGCUCAUAUAAAAUUACAAAUAAGCAGUGCGCUCCUGUUGUGCUCCAAGUCCACCCAAACAAGACUUACAGACUGAGGAUUUCCAGCGUAACUUCACUAUCUUCUCUCAAUCUGGCGGUUGGGAAUCACAACUUAACAGUGGUUGAAGCAGAUGGUAACUAUGUGAAACCAUUCAACGUGAACGACAUGGACGUCUACUCGGGCGAAACUUACUCCAUCCUCAUCAGAACCGAUCAAAAUUCAUCUUUAAACUACUGGAUCUCGAUUGGUAUUAGAGGAAGACUUCCAAAAACCCAACAAGCUCUAGCCAUCUUAAACUACCAUCCUAACUCCCUCUCAAUGUUACCCUCUUCCAACCCUCCUGUCACGCCACAAUGGAAUGAUUAUACACAUAGCAAAGCAUUUUACUACCAAAUACUAGCAAUGCAUGGCACGCCGACGCCUCCACCCAAUUCUGACAGAAUGAUUUCCCUCCUUAACACCCAGAACAAAAUUGACGGAUAUAUUAAAUGGUCGAUCAACAAUGUCUCGUUGGCUCUUCCGCCAAUACCGUACCUUGGAUCGAUGAGGUAUAGCUUGAAGAACAUUGGAAAGCCGCCGGAGAAUUUCUUGGAAGACUACGACGUGAUGAAGCCCCCUAUUAAUCCAAACACAACAAAAGGAAGCAGUGUUUACAAAAUCGAGUUCAACAACACUAUCGAUGUAGUGCUUCAGAACACGAAUGCUUUGUCCGGGAAUGUGAGCGAGAUACAUCCAUGGCACCUGCACGGGCAUGACUUUUGGGUCCUCGGUCACGGUGAUGGAAAGUUUAGAAAAAACGACACAUCUAAGUUUAAUCUCAGGAAUCCGCCGCUGAGGAAUACAGUUGUGAUUUUUCCCUAUGGAUGGACGGCAAUAAGAUUUGUUGCAAACAAUCCUGGAGUUUGGGCAUUUCACUGCCACAUAGAGCCACAUUUGCACAUGGGUAUGGGCAUAAUUUUGGCUGAAGGAGUUGAACUCAUAAGUAAAGUGCCGAAUGAAGCGCUUGCUUGUGAUAUUACAGGACAGUUGCUGACGAAAAACAAACCUCAUUGAAGAAGAUAAGGAUGUUCAUAAUUGGAUGUAAAUAAAAGGAGGGUUUAAGGGUGUGGUUUGCGAACUCGGCGGUGAUUAUGGAAAGUAAAUGGGAUUUUGAGGCUUUGUUUCUUUACUUAUCAGUUUAAUGCAGGAAGUAUAUGAAACAUGAUAUAAAGCAUGGCAUGUCUUGUGUUAGAAAGUAUACGUCCAAUUUGAUUCAUUUUGAGUGCUUAGAUGGUUGGAUUUAAUUUUUAAAAGUAAGCUGGAGUGUUUUAAGUUGAAACUAAAUGGAAUGAGUUCUUUCAAAAAGGUGGAAAAUGAGA